UGUGGCUUUUAUCAUCUCGUCUUCUCAGAUCGAUUCCUCCUCCGUCAAAAUCCAAAAAUCAUCACUUUUCUCCGAUUGCAACCGCGCGAAAAUCGAAUUGAAAGUGAGUAAUCGUCUGGGCAUUCCUCAAAAAUCAAGUCUAAUGACAACUCCUCCUUCCAAUUCUAUUCACAACCCUCAUGAAGAUUCUCCCGUAAAGAACCCUCCUAGUACGACGGUUUCAGCUCAAUCGGUGUCCUCUAGCGGCAGCAUGGGCUCGCCUUCCGAGCAAACCACCACCGUAGCUACUACACCUGCUAGCGACGAUCCUGCUUCUCAAUUAGCUUCUGGCAGUGGUAAGAAGAAGAGGAGGGGACAACGUGCGUCUGGUCCUGAUAAAAACGGAAGAGGCCUUCGUCAGUUUAGCUUGAAAGUUUGUGAAAAGGUGGAAAGCAAAGGAAGGACUACUUACAACGAGGUUGCGGACGAGCUUGUUGCUGAGUUUGCACUCCCAAAUAACGAUGAUACAUCCCCUGAUCAGCAACAGUAUGAUGAGAAGAACAUAAGAAGGAGAGUAUACGAUGCUUUAAACGUCCUCAUGGCUAUGGAUAUAGUCUCCAAGUAUCAGAAAGAGAUUCUGUGGAGAGGUCUUCCUCGCUCUAGCUUGAGCGACAUUGAAGAAUUGAAGGCUGAACGACUCUCACUUAGGAGCAGGAUUGAAAAGAAAACUGAAUAUUCCCAAGAACUGGAAGAACAAUAUGUAGGCCUUCAGAAUCUGAUACGGAGGAACGAACACUUAUAUAGCUCUGGAAAUGCACCUAAUGGCGGUGUUACUCUUCCAUUUAUCCUCGUCCAGACUCGUCCAAAUGCGACCGUAGAAGUGGAAAUAUCAGAAGAUAUGCAGCUCGUGCAUUUCGAUUUCAACACUACUCCGUUCGAGCUCCACGACGACAAUUUUGUCCUCAAGACGAUGAAAUUUUGCGACCAGCCGCCAUUGAACAACGGUCACAAUAACAACCAUGAAGCUUCUCACAGUUUCGUGCCGGAAGAAAAUAAAGAAGGCCUCAGCACCGAUCCUAAGCUGCCUCAGCAAGUGGAUACGGACCAGUCUCAUCAUCAACUUCAUGCUCAGCCACAAAUCAUUCCAACGCCUGUGACUAUCAACGCUUCCGCAGCCAGUAAUGCUCCGGUGACAUCACCGCCUCUCUCGGGUAUCAUAAAGUCAAGCGUGAAGACAGAGAACUAAAACACAGCGUAGUUCGAAAGUUAAUUUAGAAUUCUGGAGACAGAUGAUGUUCUUCCUUUUACUGUUUUAGUGCUGUAUUCGACCAAGAGCCAACGCAGAUGAUAGAUACCAGCUUAAACAGAGGGAAAGGAGUGUAUAAGGUGUUUUGCUCUGUUCUUAGGUCUUAAGGCUAUACCAUGGACAAAGUUACAGUUUCAGGUAGUUCAUUAAAUAAUAACAUAGUUGUGCCUUGUAAAUUCAAACAAAGUUGUGGUCAAAUCUUUGAAUCAAGUCUCUAGAAUGCAACAUAA